ACGACGAAGAACAACGACGAACGUAGAUCUCUUCUUCUCUUCCUCUCUUUCAAACUCACUAAGCUUCAUCUUUCUCCUUCCCAAAAAAAAAAAACCUAAUUUUGUUCUCGCUAAUCCAAGAUCUAAACCCCCACGCAUUUUUUGAUAUUCGAAUAAUAUCUUGUGUUCCUGGUCAUGAUUUCUCGUUUUUGCUUUGUUUUCCCGAGAAAAACCUCCGGGAAAGUAGGAUAAUCUGUCGAGUUUCGAAAUCGUUUUCCAAUGUCGUGCUGUUUCUUCAAGAGUACUCUGUUCUUGAUCCCGAUUUUGAUGUUGCUGAGCUCCGGGAGCUGCAAUGGUCGUAUCUUCACCUUCGAGAUGCAUCAUAGAUUCUCCGACGAAGUCAAACAAUGGUCCGAUUCAACCGGAAGGUCUGCUAAGUUUCCCCCUAAGGGAACCUUCGAAUACUUCAACGCUCUCGUCCUCCGUGAUUGGCUAAUCCGUGGGCGUCGACUCUCCGACUCCGGAUCCGAGUCGUCACUCACUUUUUCCGACGGCAAUUCCACUUCUCGUAUCAGCUCUCUCGGAUUUUUGCAUUACACGACGGUGAAAUUGGGUACUCCGGGAAUGAGAUUCAUGGUGGCGCUUGAUACAGGAAGCGAUCUCUUUUGGGUCCCUUGUGAUUGCGGAAAAUGCGCACCAACCGAAGGAGCCAUUUACGCUUCUGAAUUUGAACUGAGCAUUUACAAUCCUAAAGUUUCGACUACAAACAAGAAGGUCACCUGCAAUAACAGUUUAUGUGCACAGCGUAAUCAAUGCCUUGGAACAUUCAGCACUUGCCCUUAUAUGGUAUCUUAUGUCUCUGCUCAGACUUCCACAUCUGGUAUACUUAUGGAAGAUGUUAUGCACUUAACAACCGAGGAUAAGAAUCCAGAGCGUGUUGAGGCAUAUGUUACAUUCGGAUGUGGGCAGGUUCAAAGUGGUUCUUUUCUUGACAUUGCAGCACCAAAUGGUUUAUUUGGUCUUGGCAUGGAAAAGAUAUCGGUUCCAAGUGUUUUGGCGAGGGAAGGUCUGGUUGCUGAUUCUUUCUCCAUGUGUUUCGGACAUGAUGGAGUUGGAAGGAUCAGUUUUGGGGACAAGGGUAGUUCUGAUCAGGAAGAGACACCGUUUAAUCUGAAUCCCUCACACCCAAACUACAACAUCACGGUGACUCGGGUGCGUGUGGGGACUACUCUAAUAGAUGAUGAGUUUACAGCGCUCUUUGACACCGGUACAUCAUUUACUUAUUUAGUGGAUCCGAUGUAUACGACAGUUUCUGAGAGUUUUCAUUCUCAAGCCCAAGAUAAGCGCCAUUCACCAGAUUCAAGGAUUCCAUUCGAGUAUUGUUAUGAUAUGAGCAAUGAGGCGAAUGCCAGUUUGAUACCGAGUUUAAGCUUAACAAUGAAAGGAAACAGUCACUUCACCAUCAAUGAUCCUAUCAUAGUGAUCUCUACCGAGGGUGAACUUGUAUAUUGCCUGGCCAUUGUCAAAAGCUCUGAACUCAACAUAAUUGGACAAAACUACAUGACCGGGUAUCGUGUAGUAUUCGACAGAGAGAAACUCGUAUUGGCUUGGAAAAAGUUUGACUGCUAUGACAUGGAAGAGACAACCACAACUGUUGCCAGAACAAACAAAACAGAGGCGGUAGCUCCGGCAAUGGCAGCCGGAAUAAAGACUCAUAAUAAUUCCUCAGAACAACACCAAACAAACGAAACCAUCUCCAAAAGUAGCUCAUCCUCAAACCAAAGAUAUAAAACAGCAAAGCUAUGGUCUAUUUUCAGAUUUGUGUUCAUAUUACUUCCACUUUUGUAGAUUUGUAAGCCCCCCCUUCCUAAACACAAGCCGAUUGUUUUUUUUCCUUUUUGUAUCAUAACGAGACUAUAGAGAUCGGCUUCUUCAGGGAAAUAUAUGCUUUUACACUCACUCACUAGUCACUCGGUCACUCCUGUUCAGAGAAA